UUUUUGUAAUUAUUUUUUUUAAUGCUGUGAGUUUUCUCUCACUGGGUAUGAUGGAGGAGAGCUUCCCUUUUCAUUACUCUUUAUUGGAGUAUCUGUUUACUUUGGUAGGACUGUUAUUGUUCCUGCUGGAUAUAGCUCUGGACAUUUGGACUGUUGUGUCAUUCUAUCAGGAUGGGUCCUAUGUGUAUAUGGCAGUGAUGAUCUUUCUGCUGCUGGGCUCUUCAGUGUUGUUACAGGUGUUCAGCUGGCUCUGGUACUCUGAUUCACUGGAGAAGAUUGAGACUAAGGUGGAGAAAUGUACAGCCCGGCAUUCAUUGAUCAAACCAUUCCACUUCCUGCAGCUCGGAGUCUACCUCAGGUAUGCUGGAGUGAUAGAGAUCUCCACAACACAUUUUCUUCAGCACACUAAUAGUUUCACAGAGGGUAUGGCUGUGUACCUGAGCCAUGAUCUUCAGAUGCUUCGUCUUUUUGAGACAUUUUCUGAAAGUGCCCCACAACUCACACUCAUGAUGUCUAGAAUCCUACAGAGAGGAGAGCUGGAGCUUAUGACAGGUUUAAAAAUCCUCACAUCAGCUGCUGCAAUUUCCAGUAGCGUUGCUAUGUACCACCGCAACAUGCGUGCCUUUCUUCCUAAAAAACGCAAGAUGAGUUGGAUCUCCACUGGUGUCUACUUCCUGUGGAACUUGUUGCUGAUCAUUCCCCGUGUUACUGCUCUUGCACUCUUCUGCAGUGUAUUGCCAUGCUACAUCAUUGCUCACUUCCUGUCCCUGUGGAUGCUGCUGGUUUUAGCAGCCUGGAGCCAGAAAACAAAUUACAUGGAACAUUCUGGUUGGGAAUGGCUCUACAGAGCUUCUGUUGGACUCAUUUGGUACUUCUGCUGGUUUAAUGUAUCAACAGGAAGCAUAAAAUUGAAGUCGAUUCUCUAUUAUAGUUUCAUGGCUUUGGACACAAUGAUGCUGCUGGGCUUCUGGUGCUGGAGGGUGUUUGAGUAUGCAGGCUGCUGGAGAUCCUUAAACCCUUAUAUGGUGAUCCCGACACUACUGGGUUUGUACGUCAUUGGAAUACUAGUGAAAAUUAUGUACUACAGAUGUUUUCAUCCCAACUGUGAUGAAAAGAAAAUCACUGAACCCACUGAAGAAGGGCAAUUCAGACAAGUGGCAGCAUGUUAUGACGUGACGGAUUCGGGAAAGAAUUCACAUUACACUACAGCUGCAGCUCCUGCUCAAACUUUCGCUGGAGUUCCCAAUAGACAUAGGAAAAUGGCUGCUAACUUCUACUCUUAGUUCUUGGUUCUACUUGUUAAAAGA